CCGGGGGAGCUGCGCGGCCGGGGAUCGCACCGAGCUGCACCGACCUGCGCUGUGCCGAACCGAACCGAACCCCACCCGACCCCGCUGGGCCGAGCUGAACCCCGCCCCGCCGGGCUGGGCUGCGCCGAGCCGAGCGGCACCGCGGCUGGAUGCGCUGAGCGCGGCGGGGCCGACCGGGCCCCCGGAGCAGCAGCAGCAGCAGCAGCAGCAGCAGCAUGGGUCGCCGGGGCUGCUGAGCGGCGGCCGAGCCUGCCCCUACCCGUCCGCGCCGAAGAGCCGCGGGCGCCGCCGGGGACUGCGCCGGGAGCCCGGGCGCGCCGCCUCGCCGCGCCGGUGCCGGGGACACCCCACCCCCACCCCCGCCCGCCCGCCGAGGAUGCCCCGGGGGGCCGCGGGCCGCCCCCGCCGCUCGCCAUGAGGAGGAGCCCGACCGGGCCGCGGGCGCUGCCGCCGCCCGCCGCCGCCUGAGCCCCGCGCCCCGGCGGUGCCCGCGCAGGGGCCGCCCGAGCGGGCCGCGGCGUCGUGACCCUCCUCCCCGCCCCCUCGCCCGGCUCGCCCGGCUAUAAAGGAGGGUUUUAUUCUCGGGCUCCGGUCUCACGCCAAACCCUGUCACACCGUCUAGACGAGCUGUCGUGGGGCUCGGCCCAGCUGUCACCAUGGCGAUGGAGACGAGUCCGCUGUGAAUUUUGGGGGGGAGCGAGCGAGAGCGGCGGCGGAGGAGGAGGAGGAGGAAGGCUCGGCCGCCGCCGUGCCCUGCCCUGCCCCGCCGCCGCCCGCGGGGGAGGCACGGACCCCCCGGCGCUCUCGGCCGCGGCUGGAGCCGGCCCGGCGGGGAGCCCCGGGGAGCCAGCGGCCGCGGAGCGAGCCUCAGAUGCGUCUGUCACACAACCCCGGCCGAGCUAUUUAAAGUAACGGGCCUCGCCGGACUUUUGUCUCUGCCUAUUUAUGAGUCCCCGGGAGCUGGCAGGCGCCGCCGGGCAGCGCUAGGAGCCGAGCCCGCCGCGCCAGCCCCGCGGGGAAGCCAGCGCCGAGCCGGGGCCGGCGGGCGGCCGCCCGGAGCAUGACGGCGAUCCGGGCGCUCCUGCUCUGCUGCUGCCUGGGGCUGCUGCGCCCGGCGGGCGGGCAGCCCUUCCUGCGGCUGCGACCCUCGCCCAGCGACAACCUGCCCGUCAAAGACAUCGUGGAGCACCCGGACCCCGAGUACGACCCCAAGGAGCAGGACCUGGACGAGAGGACGCUGAGGAAGAAGCUGGGCAGCCAUUUCGACCCCGGCUUCAUGGCCGUGGCCGUGCCGGGGCCGGCCAACGCCUCGGGCGCCGAGGCGGCGGCGGGGCGGGGGCGGGCGGCGCUGCCCGCCGAGCUGCGGCGGCUGGAGCUGGGGCCGGCCCGGGGGCCGCGCCUGCGGGUGGGCAAGAAGGCGCGGCGGAAGGUGCUGCAGUGGCUGUGGGCCUACACCUACUGCCCCGUCCUCUACACCUGGAAGGACCUGGGCGUCCGCUUCUGGCCGCGCUACAUCAAGGAGGGCAACUGCUUCGCCGAGAAGUCCUGCUCGCUGCCCGAGGGCAUGUUCUGCAAGCCCGUCAAGUCGGUCACCAAGACCUUCCUGCGCUGGCACUGCCAGGGCUGGUCCAGCCAGAAGUACUGCACCUGGAUCCCCGUGCAGUACCCACUCAUCUCCGAGUGCAAGUGCUCCUGCUAGCCGCCCCCGGCCCUUGCACCGCUGCCUUUCUCGCUUGGAUGAUGGGGGGGUGGGGGGUGCUUUUUUUUUUCCCCCCUCCCCACCCCCAGCGCGGGGUUGGGGGGCGGGGGAGAGAAGGAACCGAGGUUGGGUUGGUUUGGGGGCUUUUUUUUUUUUUUUCCGGACUUAUUUUAAUGUUAUUUUAUUUUAAAGGGAAAAGUGAACCCAGGAACUGCAGGGCAGGCCAAAGGCACAGUAAAGCACUACAAUCAGAUGUCUAUUUUUAUACGUAUAUAGCCUUCUAACAAAAGAAAAAUAAACUAAAAAAGAAAAAAAAAAGAAAAAGAAAAAAGAAAAAAUGACCAGCCGUGUAAAUAGAGAGAUUUUAAAGGAAAGGGGGGGAGGGGGGAAAUUGCAGCUGUUUUUUAUUAUUAUAAUUAUUAUUGUUAUUAUUAUUAUUUUAAAGACAUAGGACCACAUUUUAAACCCAUCCCCACAGAAAACCUGAGCACUUUCCCUGGUGAAGGGAAGGGCAGAAAUUUCCUGUAAAGGUGGAUUUUAACAAAAGGAGAAAGGGGUACAGGGGGUAAAAAAAAAAAAAAAAAAAAAAAAAAAAAGGCAGCAUCCCCGAAGACAGUUCUCUGUGUUGUUUUUGUUCCCCCCCCCCCCCCCCCCCCCCCUUUCUUCAGACCUUGUCACUGAUGUUUGAACUAAUUUGCCAAGCUCUCUAGGGUGGUUGUUUUUUUUUUUUAAGUGUAUAACGAUUAAUUAAGGAGGAAAUUUUAAAGAAAAGUACAGAUCUAUGAAAGAGUGGAAUCGUUUUGUUGUGUGGGAAUACAUAUAGUCAUGUAGAUGUUAAAGGAAAUUUUCUGUGUACAGUUUAUUUAUUUUUAACUUUUGUGUAUAGGAAAAAAAGCUAGAGAUUAUGCCAGAAACUAUUGGAAAUGUUUACUUGAAUAUUCCUUUAAAAACAUAUCAAUGUAAAUAUGAACUAUCACUGAUCAAAACAUUUUUAGCAAUAAACUCUAUCUUUGAAGAAA